AUGGAUAAUCGUCGAAAACUAAUUCGCAAUCAAUGCGUGAUGCUGACAAUUAUCAUCGUUUACAUGUUGACUGUAUUUAUUAAGGUGGUUGAGAGCAGACCUCACAUCAGGCACCACCGGGAUGGCUCGCACUGCAGCAGAUGCGGUCCAGGCUGGGGAGUGAUUAGCCGUUGCGCUCGCGGCCGCGACACCGUGUGCGAACAGUGCCCCAGCGGUACGUACAGCCCGCAUCACAGCACGCAGCCCUGCUGGAAUUGUGCCAGAUGUGGCCCGGGUUUGUACGAGGCUCAUCCAUGCACGUCGCGCACCGACACCGUCUGCGACUCCUGCCACCGUCCAGCACCGGACAAUCCGGACUACCGACGGAAAUGCGAAGGUCGCGCGAGGUUCUUCCUCGCCCCGGAGGACGCGCAGAACACCGCUGAAGAGAGCGUGCUGGUGAAUGAGCCCGCUUACCAGUUCCAGCUGUAUGACAGGGAGCAGGUACUCGAGAAGGACGCGAAGGCUAUCCUGAGGGACAAAGCGACAGCUGGAUCGAAGGCUUUACAGAGGAUCCAACCACCAUCCGAACAUUAAUCUCGAAAAUGAUCUGACAUAUUUCUGUCCAUAAUA